AGCCCGGCCGGGAGCCGAUCAUCCGGACGGGCCCGAUCCGGGGAGCCGAGUAGCCAAGGCGGGGCGGCUCGUGGCCCCCGGCCAUGGACCCCGACGAGCCCGACGAGGCGCUGGCGGAGCUGCGGCGGGGGCGACGCCUGGGCGGCGCGGGGCUCCUGCAGCUGGCAGCUGGCACCGGCCUGGCCGCCUAUGCCGUCUGGGCCGGCCUCCUCAUGCCCGGCUUCCGCCGGGUGCCCCUGAGACUCCAGGUGCCCUACGCCCCGGCCGGGGCCCGGCAGGUGGACAACGUGCUGACUCUGCUGCGCGGCCGCUCCGGGAAGGUGGUGGACUUGGGCUCCGGCGACGGCAGGAUCGUCCUGGAGGCGUCCAGACGCGGCUUCCACCCGGCCGUGGGCUACGAGCUGAACCCCUGGCUCCUGCGGCUGGCCCGGUUCCACGCCUGGAGGGCCCGGCGCCGGGCCCCGGCCGUCGCCUUCCACCGGGAGGAUCUCUGGCGGGCGAACCUGUCGGACUGCACCAACGUCACGGUUUUCCUGGCGCCCAGCGUGCUGCCCCUUCUGGAGGCCAAACUUCUGGCGGAGCUGCCGGACCGGGCGCGGGUGGUGGCCGGCCGCUUCCCCCUGCCCACCUGGGCGCCGUCGGCCGUGGCCGGAGAGGGCGCGGACCGCGCCUGGGCCUACGACCUGCACCGCGUCCGCCGGCUCCGGGACCCGCGCUCCGCCCAGGCGCCGCGGCCUCUCUGUGAGGAGGGCGAAACGUGUGGGCCCUGACUUCGAAGAGGAGGGACCGGCUGCCCGGCCGGAG